UUGUCGGUUCGCAAGUCAAACAUCGACGCGCCCGCGGGUUCGAAAAUGACUGCUUCCCGGAUUACCGUGUCUCCGGUGCACUUUGGAAGCUACUUCCUGGUGUCACUACUGCUGCUGCUCGUCACUGCGGUGGUGGACACCGUUAAUGGAAACCAGCAAAUCAGCAGCAGCAGCCCCAAGUCGACGACGGGCAGCGGCGGCGGGACCCUGACGAUCAUCCCGGAGGAGGAAAUGGCUCAUUUCGUGAACCAAUCGCGCAUGGCCAGCUGCUGGCACUCGAACCCGGAGCUGAAGCUCAAGUGGCGGAACCCGAAAAACGCCGUCAUCGAGGAAACGCGCGGCCGGGUGCACAUCGAGAACAAGGGCAGCUCGCUGACGCUGAUAUUCGAGAAGAUCGAACGCACGGACCAGGGCAACUGGACCUGCGAGGUGGACGAUCCGAGCGCCCCGGCCUCCGCGGGCGCCCUUCGGAAGUCCUUUAAAAUGAUCGUCUACGAGCCAAUCUCGUUCCGGGACACGAGCAACGUGCAGACGGCGGUGGAAGAUAAGGACGCGACCAUCCGCUGCGAGGUGAAAGGACAUCCGGAACCGUCCGUGUCGUGGUACUUCAACGGCCAACCGCUGCACUUUGGCCACAACGGCCGGUUCAGCAAGCUGGCCGACGGGAUGUCCAUCAAGAAGGUGCGGCAGAACGACACGGGCGAGUAUACGUGCAAGGCGUUCCAGAUUUCGGCCACCGGGAGCAGCUUCGAGGAGAAGACGAUCCGACUCAACAUCAAGCAUAAACCGUAUCUGCCCAAGUGGAAACCGUCCAUCGUCGACGCCUACGGGUACGUUAGUGGCAUGGUUAAUCUCACGUGUGAGGCGACCGCCGAACCGCCGGCCAACUUCAGCUGGUCGGCCAACAACAAAAAGCUCACCCAGAAGAGCCACAUCAUCUACCAGGGUCAGCACGUUUCGAUGCUGCAGAUCUUUAUAAAAACUAGCAGCACGUUCGGGAAGUACAAGUGCGAGGCCAAGAACGAGCUCGGUUCGGUGUCACAGGAGAUCAUCUUGAAGGAGGGCUCCAAACCGGACCCUCCGAGCCUGUUCCAGCUACGUGGUGUCAACUCGGAUACGCUCGACAUCGACGUGGGAGCGACCAAGUCACAUGACACGCCGCCGGAUCCGACCACCGUCAUCGGCUACCGGUUCGAGCUGAUGCCAACGGAGGAGUACUCCCGGACGCGCUCCUGGGACCAUGCGAGCCGACGUGACUUCGAUGUGGCCGACGGAGCGACCUACCUGCUGGUGCAGCUCAUACCCGACACCAAGUACCUCAUCCGGGUGGCCGCUCGUAACGCGGCCGGUCUCAGCGACUGGACCGAGGUUAAAGAGUUCUCCACGCUGCCACUGCAGCCCCACGGCAUCAGCGGCUCCUCGGCUGGGCCCGCGCUCCUGUGGACGCUGUCCGUGGCCCUCCCGCUCGCUCUCUCGAUCACGCAGCACCACCGGUUUGCGGUGACCGCCGCCACGACUGAAUGAGGAUGUCAAAGCUUCCCGUCCCAUAGCCACACCACCCAUACGCCACUAGGACACUAUUCUGGCCAUUCAUGGUGUGCGAUCUAAUUGAGCCGACCGACGAAGAAAUGCCAGAAAAGAGGAAACAUGAGAACGAAAACGGAUCGCCGAAAAACGCAACUCAGCAGUGCCCGCGCUAGAGGACAGCGCGGGCGGAGCGAUACUCAAAGGUAGGAAUACGAAUCCUCGACGUCGUCUUCUCCCGGACCGUCGGGCCCGCGGUUAGAGACCGAGGCAGGACACACCACAGUAUUCGAAAAUGGUUAUAGAAAAUCAGAGAUUAGUAUUAUGUUGAAGCAAAGAUGCAGAGCCCCCCUCGAGUGCCCCAUACAUAGAGCGAUGGGCCGACCGGAAAGGAUCUUCGUUGAUUGAGCGUUACGUUACGGUUAUAUAGAGAGAGCGAC